AUGCCAUCACCUAUCCCAAUUUCCCGGUUUUUGUCGAAGGGAUUACCACCGACUACUUCACUGGGGCCUUGCAGCAGCCCCAACCAAUUGCAGGGCCGCCGUUUCUCUUACAUAAAGCCAUGUCGGGUGAUACGACACCGCUCUUGGUGCACGGUAAUUUGGGAUGAACUAAAGUUACUUGAUCUUUUGGGUUCAGGUGGUUUCGGGUGGGUUUAUAAAGGGACUUAUUAUGGUCAAACUGUUGCAAUAAAGAAAGUGAGAAAGUGCGUAAAGAACAAGCUGGCUGCUAGGCAGAGUUUCUGGGCAGAGCUGAACGUCGCUCACCUGGUCCAUGAGAACAUUGUGAGGGUUGUAGCAGCCACUACCUCUGUUCCCGCAGAUCCAGUCGCUGAGGAUAGUGUGGGUACCAUCAUCAUGGAGUAUGCAGGACGAACCAGCCUAGAUCACAGGAUUUACAACUGUACAGAGCCGCUGGAAAUGAGGGGCUGUUUAACAUUUUCUCAUGACAUUGUGAGUGGACUGAGUUUCCUACACUCGCAUCACAUUGCACACUUGGAUCUGAAACCAGCUAAUAUCUUGAUCACCGAGGCGGGCCGAUGUAAAAUCGGAGAUUUUGGAUGUUCUCACAAAUUGCCGAUCGGCGGUGACUUGACUCCUAAUGGUCAAUUGCGACACCUUGCGGGUACCUACACUCAUCGGGCACCGGAACUCUUGAAAGGAGGUCGCGCUACUUUAAAGGCAGAUAUUUAUUCUUUUGCGAUCACGCUCUGGCAAAUGAUAAGUAGAGAUCAGCCCUAUUCCGGUGAUCGUCAGUGUGUGAUGUAUGCUGUAGUGGCUUACAACCGGCGUCCAUCUUUCUCCAGAAUUUUCAAUGAGUCCUCGAUGGGCCGCGGGAUUCGAUCAAUCAUUAGUAACUGCUGGGAAUGUGAACCAAACCAUAGACCCAGUGCAAAACAAUUAUUAGAAAAUAUUGAUUGCUUAAAAGUACGGCUGUAG